AUGAAGCCUGGCGCCCACUGCUCCUCACAAAAUUCGAACGAUGUCAAGGGGAAGGCCAACUCGGCGAUAGAGCGGGGUAUUCCCGAUCCCCCUGCCACGUCUUUGGCUGAGUGGACGCAAUUGGCUAUACAGCUUCUGGAUGAGCAGUCUGCUGAGAGGACCCCAAUAACGCUGUUUAUGUGCGAGGAAGCCGCCAAAGCGCUACUGGAGGGGGCAAAUCGAGGGGACGACACCGCCCAAACCGAGAACGGCGCCGCGCCCAGCUCUAGCUCGCUCCUGGCUAAUGCAUUCGGCGAUGUCUACACGCCGGUAGAGGUCGAGAGCGACAUGCUGGCAGCCAUGCAGGAAGGCGUGCCAACAGCAGCACAGAGGCUGGAGGCAGCACAGCUGCUCGUGGCUGGCUCCCGUGCUGGGCUCGCCCGCGGUGUUACCGAAUCGACCGAGCAGGCCGUUCGAUUGGCGAAAAAGGCCAUCCAAGAGUACCCCUCGCCCAUGACGUACACGGCAUUGGCGUGGGCGUUGUUUAAAUACACCGCGUGUGUGCCGGGUCGCAGCACGCAGGAUGUGAUUCUGGCGUCGGCCGCUACCGCCGCCAAUUCUGGCUUGGCACUGCUGCUGAAUACGAGGGACCUUGACGUGGAUAACCGGGCGGACCUUGUCCGUUUAUCUUGGCUGAUGGGAUUGAUGCGCGACACCAAAACCGCUGAACUGGGAGUGAGGCACCUCCUGCGUGUGAACUCGGAACAUUACGUGGGGAUGCUGCUCCUUGCGCUGCUACAUACAGUGUCGGGAGACUACAGCAGUGCGAGGUCGACGGUUGCCUGCCUUCUAAAGUCAAACCAGGAGGAUAUUGUCGCUGCGUUACUGCACAUCGUGCUACGGCAGGUGACGCAGAACGUGGCGCUGGUUCCUUACCUCCCAGCCGAGGGGCCCCUCUCUGGCGAGAGCAGUGCUACUAGUGUUGCCUAUGAUGUUAUAGGCAAGGAGCUGGCCAUCAUAUUAGCCCGUGUGGAAGCCUAUUCCGCGAAGGUGGCUUCCCAACAACCAGUGGAUGUCUCCUCUGGUGAUCACACAACUCCCUCUCUCAAGGAGCUCUGUCGUUAUCGCGUCUUGGGCGAGCGCUCCCCUGGUGAUGAAGUUAUGGACACGCAUGCGGCGCAGCGACAAGCAGCGCACUAUUGGUCUCUUCUUGCAUAUGUCUGCGUUCGGCUAGGUGCCUACACAUUUGCAGAAGUUGCCAUUGAGGCUGGCAUGAAUUUCAUCGCGAAGCAGAAGACGCCACACUCUAGGGCAUUCGCUGAUCUUUUGUGCAGUGGUGCCCGCCUAUCGCUGCUACGGCUUGGAGCGCGGCUACCAAUCUUCACAAUGGUUUGUGAACUCAACCUUUUGGGCAGCUUUAUGCCCUCCACAAAGGUUGCCCCCCCUUCCAUUUCCUCUUCAACAGGAGAAAACGAGGUCCGCCGCAGGGGCAGUGUCACGAAUUCGCUGAAAGUGGUUGUUGAAUCCAUAGAUCACCGCGAGUUGGCCACUGUGUUCACCCACCUCCUCCAAGUAGUGGAGAUGUGUCCAAACCACGCGGAUGCGCACUUUCUCAUGGGCACGCUGCGGCUGCUUGAUGCAUCUCAGCUCGACCUCCCGAAAAGUGAGAAAUAUGUGAAGCUUCUUGAGGCAGCUGUGUACUUUGAGAAAUGCAUUGAGCGCUCUCCUUUUUGUGUCGAGUCAUACUUAGGGCUUGGUGUCGUGCGGAAAGUCCAGAAGGCAGACGAAGUCGCUCUUGAUCUGUAUGCCACCGCGACAGAGCUGUGGUUUAGACAACCACUCAUUUCUUUUGAAGAAUUUAUGUUCUUAUUCGACUGA